CUUAUUCAACAAAUGAUAGUGAAAGAGCUGCUGCCUAACACAUGGGCUGAGCUGUCUGUGGUCAGUGACAUCAUGGGACAGAAGCUCUUCCUCAUUCAAAAUGACUCACGGAUGUUUGGGCCAUUCACGGUUUUAAACACAGUUUACUCAGCCACGACCUGCAACACAUUUUUAUUAAAAUUGUUGGUGAGACAUUAACUUUAGAGAGAAGUCCAGUAAAAGAAGUUCCCACUGAGGAAAGCAAGCAAACAACUGAGUUCAGUUCAAGGAAGUAACAACUGAAAUGACACCUUUGAUGUUUAAAGAUGCUUUCUGGGGGUCUGAUUUCACUUGUCAUGCCGGGUAUGAUGCUGUGAUCCAAAGGUUGCGAGAUGGAAGGCAAAUGUGCAAAGAUGUGGAGGAGCUUUUAAAGAUGAGGGCACUGGCAGAGGAGAAGUAUGGAAAGGAGCUGGUGACUAUUGCUCGCAAAGCUGGAGGACACCCAGAGAUCAGCACCUUGAAGGCAUCCUUUGAACUAUUAAAAACACAAAUCGAGACCAUCGGUAACUUUCACAUCCAACUCUCUGAUAUAUUGAAAGAGGAGGUGAAAAAGAUUGAGACAUUCAGAGAGCGGCAGAAAGAACAGAGGAAGAAGUUUCAAAGCAUCAUGGAGAAGGUUCAGAAGAAAAAGGUUUCUUUGUACAAGAGGACCCUGGAGUCUAAAAAGACCUACGAGCUGAGAUGCAGGGAGGCGGACGACGCCGAACAGGGGAGUGAGAAGACAAAUGUUACAUCCAAAAACUCAGAAAAGGUCUCUUCCUGUGUAAAAUGUGUUCCACAGGUACGCCUUAGGGCCAAGCACUGCAGACAGGCUGCCAAUGAAUCAGAGAAGCUGUACUUAACCAACAUUGAUCAGCUAGAAAGUGUUCGCCAGGACUGGGAAAAAACUCACCAAAGCACCUGUGAGGUGUUCCAGCAGCUGGAGGGAGAUCGCAUCAGCAUGCUAAGGUGUGCUCUCUGGGACCACUGCAAUCAUUUCUCCAUGCAGUGUGUCAAAGAUGAUGAGUCUAUCGAGGAGGUGAGGAAGCUACUGGAAAAGUGUGACAUCACCACGGACAACAACUAUUUCAUAGGGAUGAAAAGCACAGGAUCAAGGCCUCCAGAGCCCAUAUUGUUUGAGAGCUACUACAACAGGGAGACGUUCAGGGACAGCAAUGGCCAAGCACAUUUCGCAGGAGGAGAAGACAUGAUGAUGAGGUGCUCUGAUCCCCUGCUCCAAAGUUCUGUGAACAUCAGUGACGAAAGUCUUCAAAACUCACAAUCAGCACUGACACCUUUUGGCGAGUUUGAGACUCCAGACAGAGGAUAUGCACCCCUACCAGGCCUCCAGCAUGCAGCAUCAUUGGCCACAGUUUCAGCUGAUGAAGACAUCUUCACUGUACUUUAUGAAUACGCUGCACAGGAAGCGGAUGAAUUGUCUGUGAGUCGAGGGGACAUGGUCCGAGUGUUGGAACAAGGAGAAGACGGCUGGUGGACAGCGGAGAGGAACGGGCUGACUGGACUGGUGCCAGGAAACUAUCUGGGCAAAAUCUAAACACUCAUCCACAAACAAGAAAAUACAGACAACACAUACACAUAGUCACACCACUUCACUCACACAACACACACGUGUUUAAGGCUUCAGGUGAAUGCUCUUUACAGCGCCAACUGAUGGCCAAACUAUUCUCGUAACUUAAUUUCUGAAUCUAAAUUGAAAAUCUAGGAUCCUUUAGUAGCAGUAGGUUAUUUGAGGUUAUCUUCAUCAGGAACCUCUUGCUUAUUUAUACAGUAAAGCUUUCUCGAAAGAUUUCUGAACUGAUGAGUGGGACUAUUAUUGAUUAAUUAGUCAUACAAAGAUAUUAUAUCGUAACCCUGCUACCUCAUGUGUUGUACAGAUGGGUCACUCGCUCCUUAUGCUCUCUAAUACUGUACAGUACAGUCACAUGGGACUGAAGAAGGAUAAACCAUCUGGUGUUGAAAAUGUGGAUGGACUGUUUUAAAAUGAGAAUUGCUCGGUCAGUUUUCAACGUGAGUUUGAUGAACAAACAAAAACAAGUUUUAGUUGCUAAUAGUAGAACUAGUAUUGUGCUAGUGUAAGCCAGGCUUUACUUAACAAUAAUACCAUUGCUUUUUUUUAUCAACAAGCUGUGAUUAUCAGACUCCAGACAAAGAAAUUACUGAUUUUUAUUUGUAUAGUAUUGUGACUUCAGCACCCUACCCUCGAUGUGAUAAAUCAUAAGUUACCAUUAAAUUAAAUGCAUAUGUAGUUAGCAGUGGCGUUUUUAGGUGAAAAAAUGGUGGGCUAGCCUACUUUGGACAAGUGCAAAACCUGAAAAUUACACAAUUAUUAUAAUGUAGUCUGGCUACUCAUCACAUAGCAUUCCGGGAUGGGAGAAAAAUGUGCUCUGGUUUAUUGACAUUUCUUUAAAUCAAUCACAAUCGUCUUGGGCGGUGCUAAGCGCCGGACGCAAUAAUGGUGCCUUUGCAAAAUAGCCUUUAGUGGAGCAUGUGCUUGUUCAAAAGUUGUUUUAGUUAUGCAACAUAAUGCACAUUUUACAUUUCUCACAGUUAAACACAUUAAUUUUUAAAUCUGUGGUUUGAUGGUGCAUCAAUUGAUUUGUUUAUACAUAUAUUCAUAUUUUUCAUGUGAUGAAUUAUCAAGUCAUUACAGUUUAAAAAGCAUGUGGAAAAAAAUGACAAUUAAACAGUCAAGUUGAAAUGUAUGAGUUUA